AUGGGUAAUGGCAUAAACAAGAUCCUGCCUGAUCUUUAUCUGGGAAAUCUCAAAGAUGCUCAAGACAAAGAGCUGCUGGCGCAACACAACAUCACCCACAUCCUGUCCAUCCAUGACACAGCUGCACCCAUCUUGGAGGACAAGACAUACCUUUGUAUAUCUGCUUCUGACCACUCAAAGCAAAACCUCAUGCAGUACUUUAGGGACAGCAUCAUGUUCAUACAUGAGUCCAGGCUGAAAGGGGAAGGCUGCCUCGUCCACUGUGUGGCGGGAGUGUCCCGCAGCGUUACCUUAGUGGUGGCCUACAUCAUGACGGUAACGGGCCGCGGCUGGGUGGAGUCUCUGGCGGCGGUGAGGGCAGCCAGACCGUGUGCGGGGCCUAACCUGGGCUUCCUGCGGCAGCUGGAGGAGUUUGAAAACACAGAGGUGACAGAAUAUCGGACCUGGUGGAAGGACCGGUACGGGAGUACCUCAUUCAGUGACGAUGAGGAAGUCGGAGCUCUUUUGACUCGCAAAUCCAAUGCCAACGGCAACGGCAGCGCCUUGGCAACCAGCAUCACACCGUCUCGAGCUGCAAGCGGCACCUGAGCAAAGUCUCGCUAACUUCUUCUUCUUCUUCUUACGUCAGCACAAGAUGAACUGUGGGAGGGGCUGCUGCUGCUGUUCCUGCUGCUGCUGCUCGGACUGUUACACUCACUAAGAUCAGCAGCUGCAUGAUAAAAGAGGAUUUCUGCCUUUCAUUAUCAAUCCUGACAAAAAGUUAUCGAUCCCCCUCCCACCAGAAUCUCCCCUAGCUCUGAAUAGCUUAACUAUCGGGGACUUUUUUUAAAUAUCAAGUCUAUCAGUCCCCUUCAAAAAUGACAUGUCCUUGCCCAUAACUGCCAAAACAACAUGCAAGGGCAGUCAAGCAUGACCACAAGAAACUAUGUACACAUAGUACACAGUGUGAACACACAUUUAGCAGUGUGCACUCCCCCCCCGUCAGUUAUGUUAUGCUGUGUCUUCUACUUGAAAUAUGAGUAUUACUUUCUGUGAAAAGAUACAGUAUGUUCCAGUAAAGCACUAUUUGAAGCAGUUUGUCUUUGUUUAUUUGCAUUAUAUGUUAUUGAAAAGUUUAAAAAAAAAAAAAAAAAGGUUGAUUUUUUUUUUUUUUUUUUUUGUGCAUGGUCCAAAGAAUAUUACAUGAUUAUGUAUGCUAAGUACUUUUCAUUCAGUUUCAAGGAAACAGCUUGUUAGAUUAGAUGAGUCACACCUUUAUGUUUCUGAUUCAGCAAAGUUGCAUUUUUGCUUAAUAAAAUGUUAUUUGACAGAAGAUGUGUAAGUGAAUAUUACUGUUUCUGUUUAGAGAACUGGGUCACAACAUGGCAUGGGGGGU